UACACUAUUAUUGUUUGUUAUUAGCAGUUAAUUUUUAUUUAAUUUUAUAUAUACUGAUUACAGUACCAACGAUACCUAACAAGAUAACUAACAAGAAGCCAUCUUUCUUCACUAUCUUCCUUACCCAACACAAACAAAAACAUGGAAACACCUUCUUCACUUCUCCUCCUCCUUCUCCUCCUCUUAACUCCCAUUUUCCCACUCACACUCUUCUCAUUUCCGGAUCAUUAUCUCAAACAACCAUCAUCAUCAUCUCCAAGACCUCCUUCAUACAAAGAAUCCUUCGAAGUAAUCCAUCCAUUACCGUCCGAUCAUUUAACUCCGUCAUGCGCACUCCACAUCAUCCACCACACAUUCGGCAACACAAUCAAUCAUCCACCUUACUCCGCCCCUUACUCUCCGCCCUCCGAUUGCUCCUCUCCUUGGCCCCACGUUGCUCUCGAAUUCCGCGCCAACUCAAUCGGUAAUCAAUAUGAUCGUAUUUCCGGCUUAUGGCUUGGUGGCGCUGAGCUUCUCCGUACCAGCACAGCCGAGCCGACCGAAACCGGUAUUUACUGGUCCAUUAGAAAAGAUAUUACUCGUUACUCUUCUCUUCUUAAACAACGAAACGUUAAUUUCACUGUCAUGCUUGAAAAUAUCAUCAACGACGUUUAUACCGGCGCUUAUCACGUCGACGUCACCCUCUUCUUUUACAAAGACGCCACCGUUAGUCUUCCGUUUAAAAAAAAUCACUUGGCCAUGCUUCCUCAUCAAAUACAAGCUAAAGUUGUGUAUGAAACGCCGUCGGAUUUGAUAAUACCGAUCUCAUCAUUUCAUGAUAAUAGAGGUUACUGGUUCAGGAUAGAAGACGAAUCAGAUGUUCAAUAUAAGAAAUUGAGGUUCCCGAGGAAUACACGUAAAGCCGUUUUGGAAUUAUACGUGUCGUUUCAUGGAAAUGAUGAGUUCUGGUAUUCAAAUCCGUCGAACACUUACAUUAGAAUGAACAACCUAACUAGUUUACGUGGAAACGGUGCGUUUAGGGAAGUCUUUUUCACAAUUGAUGGUAUGUUUGUUGAUUCUGAAGUUCCAUUUCCAGUUAUUUUUAGCGGGGGUAUUAAUCCGUUAUUUUGGGAUCCAGCCGUCGCUAUAGGUGCAUUUGAUUUGCCUACUUACGAUUUCGAUUUAACGCCGUUUUUAGGUAUUCUGUUAGAUGGUAAAGAUCAUGUUAUUGGUAUAGGUGUUGCUAAUGGUAUUUCGUAUUGGCUUGUUGAUGCUAAUUUGCAUAUUUGGUUAGAUAAAGGUGCCGCUAGUGUCGUCGCUAAAUCUGUUACAUAUCAAAAUCCUGGUUCUUCUGUUAAGCGGCAAGAAAGUUUCAGAAUGCUUGAUGGAUCAUUUGCAAUUAAGGGUACAAGAAAAACUAAGUUAGUAGGUUGGAUUAAGUCGAGCGUCGCAAAUUUGACUGUGGCUGUUAGUCAUGGGUAUAAGUUUAGAAGCUCAGUAAGGUUUGCGAAAAAUGGCACUUACAAGCAAGCUAAACAGAGUAUGAAGUCAAGUAGAGAAGUUAGAAUCAUGAAUGAGAAGGGUUUGUUGCUUAGUCGUGUUACAGUUAAGAGAAUGUACCCUCUUAAUGUGAUUACUUGGAAUUUGCCUGGACCUGAGAAGGAUAUGUAUACACUUAUUACGAAUGUUUCCCAUGCUUUGGUUGAUAAUAUUUCAAGUGGGAAGUUGUCGAGUUCGGUUAACAACAAACAAGUUGCUAAUGGUUGGAUGGAUGUUAAGGGUCAUUAUGUAGUUUCAGGGAAAGCAAUUAUGAACCAAACUUUAACUUCCAGGGAUGAUGAGUCUGGUUGCUAUGUUCGUACUGCUGCAGCAAUUGAUGGUAGCAUUGUAAGAGACAAUUCAACGUAUGCUUGUCCAUCUUUUAUGUAACAUUUGUUUGUUUUUUAAAAAAAAUAUGUUGAUCUUGUUGUAGGUUGUUUCUCCUCUUGUAUCUCUCUAGUUAAUCCUUCUUUCAUAUAGUAUAAUUUCUCAGCAUGUCUAAUCCAAUUCAAGGUUUAUUGUUUGA